AAAGGAAAUGACGUGACCAUGUUUUGAAUCGUGCGGGUUAACGAGCAGCACGGACAGAAAGCCUGUAACCACUGCACUGACCAGCCUCCCCCUAAUACAUUUGGGGAAAACUUUCAUCUUCAUGUCCCCAUAGUUUGUGUCACAAUAGGAGAACGCAAUGGACCUCCACAAAAUCAUCCACAGUGCGCUGCACGAAUUUAUCCAGACUUAUAUUCCUGAUGCAGAUCUCAGCACGCUGGAUGAUGUUCUUCUGUCUUACAUCACUGGGGUCCUGGAGGACCUUGGCUCCCAGCAGAGCGUUGAGGAGAACUUUGAUGUGGAGGUCUUUGCAGAGAUGCUGGAAGCAUACAUACCUGGCUUUGCUGAAAUUGACAGUGUCAAAGUAUGUGAAAUGAUGUUCAACCUGGCUUCAAAACUAGCCACAGCUCGGACCUCAGCUGAAGAAGAAAACAGUGUGCCUAAAGAAAGGACAGAUGAGAUUUCACUGAAACUCACCAGCCUGCCCAGUGCACCUCCACCAGGGAGAGAAACGCAGUGCCUUAAAACACAGACAGAGGGCGCCACUGCCAAGGUGUCAGUGUCUGAGUGGGAGGCCCAGGAGCAGCACCUGCUGGAGAUGUUUCCCAAGUGUAGUCUGUCCGAGGCCCGCAGUGCCCUGUCUAUUGCCAAAGGAGACAUGGAGGAAGCUGUGCGCCUUAUUAUAGAGGGUGAUGUCCAACUCAGCCCCACUCCUCUUAAUGUAAACCAUGGGAAAAACAUUUCCUCACAGGCAGACCAGAAACUUAAAGAGAGCAUCCUUGAGAAGUACAUGUUGGUUGACAGGGAAGAUGAUAAAAAAACACACCGGCCUGUCGCCCCAAAAGAUGCUCCAAAGAAGCUGGUUCGGUACCACAGCAAUCAGGUGGUAACCACAAAAGGAGAGCGAUAUCAGCUUGUGAAGACAAACGAGACAGAGGACAUGAAGAAGACGUACGUUAACCUCAAGCCUGCACGAAAGUACAGAUUCCAUUGAUGACAAGCACACCACUAUAAGAGCAGCUACUGACAAUAUUGUUUACGUUAUUUUUAAUGUAUUAAGUUUAUUUAGCCUGAAUUUGUUAGAUAUUUCCCAGCUAGAAGAAGGUAUUUGUUAGUGUGUCAGUGGCUUAUUUUUUAAAAAAAAAAUGUUACCGUUAUCUGCCUUGGUUAAAACAUUUGUUGACAGUGUUUCAGUUAUUUCUCUGUUUGAUUUCUUGUGGAGCUUUUGGAAUUUUGUGUGAUAUUUUGGUGGGAAUGUUGUAACUUGUGUUUGUGUAACAGCAUCUACUUUUUGCCAUCUCAGCAGGUCUGAUGUUGCACUGACAGUCUUUUUUUUUUACCUUUUUAAUUUUCUUUUUUUUUUUUGUAUAUUCUUAACUUACAGUGUGGAUUCAUAUUUAUGAGAGGAUGUUGUAGGGAUGAAUCUAUUUUCAUUUUUGUAAAUAAGUUCUAGUGGUGCUUUAGACUUUCCUCUGGACAUUACAGGUCUCAACUGCUUUUUGUAUAUGUACGUGUUCAAUCAUCGAUGCCAGUCAUUUAGAAAGGUUUAUUUUUACAUCUCGCGGGAAUGCAGUGCUGUGAAAAUGUUUGUUCAAGCCUUGUGUUUUUGGACAAUUUGUUGAGCUGCAAAAUGUUUUUUAAACAAAACUGGUUUGUCUGAGAGAUAACGAUAAUUUAUGAACAUUUGUACAGUGGAUGCGCACAUCAGUCCUCACUAAGAGUUUAAGAUGUGGCCUCUCCUGGUUGUGCUACAAAAAUCAUGUUUCUAGUAGUGUUUUCUCACAAAGUUGAGACUAGUAUGUACCGUACUGAAUGUUAGGAGGCAGGUUUACUCAGUUGCUGUAUCUGGAUAACUUUAUUGAACUGAUUUUUUUUUUUUAAUCAGUCCAUGUUCCAGAUUUCAGGGGUUUCUGGGUUUUACCUAGUAGAAUUAUCCAGUUAUGUCUUUAAUGAAGCAGGUUUGUAUUCAAAGUAGUCGAGUACAGCGUUGGUUAGUCCUCAUGACAAGUAAAUUGGCUGCUAGCUUGGAAUCCACGAGAGGAAGGGCGUAGUCCUGAUCGUUUUUUGUAUCAUUGCAGACCUGCUUAGACAGGGCAAAUGAAGGAAAGUUGUGCUAUAAUAUGCAAUGUUUUACACUAUAAGAAAUUAUUUUGUUCAAAUUUCUAAAACAAAAAACUGAAAAAUACACUAAAAAAUUUUAAACAUGAUGACCUUGGCCCAAAGCCAUCCAAAAGUGAGAUUUGACAACCUGUUGCUAUGACUGAGACAUGAGCAGCAUAAGAGCAAAUGUUAAAUAUUUGUCAGUGACACAACUAACCUCAGAUUCAAAGGGGUGCACUCAUUUUUACAAACCUUAAAAAAGGAUUUUAUUACUCAACUGUAAUGGAAAACGUAUAACUAUCAAAUAACUAGUAAUUAAUUUUCUAGCAAAACAAAUUCAAUUCUCAAGGCAUGUACAAACUAUUACAGCACUGUAAAUUAUUGGCAUAAUGGAGGACGGUGACUCCCCCUUAAAUGAUAACAUACUGCUGGAGGACUUGAUUUCAAAGUUCAAACAGCAUUGUCUUUAUUUUUGAUAUAAAUGUUUAGAUUUGGAACAUCUCGGAUCAUGUGUUUAUCGUGAAGAGGACUGUUGUGUGCUUUCAGGGUCUGUUUACCUCGUGCUACUGAAGUGGUCCUCUAUCACAGCUCCUUUAAUCUCAUUUGUGUUUUGUGAAUUUUGCUUCACUUGUGACUGUCGGUUGUAGAAUUUUUGGAUUAUGAUUGGAUUCUCAUUUUAAUCUUGUUAAUAGUACAUUAGGAUAAAUGGAUCAGUCAGGGUUUUUGUUA